AUGACAACCAAAUUCGAGGUGCUCAAGGGCAAGAAGCCCGUCUCAUGGAGGCUUCUGAUGGCUCUCAAACAGACAGGAGAUGACGUGUUUGAGUCACUGACUCCCGCUUGGCCGCCAGCACCUUUCAAGCGAGCAUUUGGUGGACACGUCUAUGCUCAAGCUGUGUAUGCCGCCAGUAAAACCGUGGAGAAAGGGCUAGUUGUCCAUCAAGUGACAGGAUAUUUCCUCCUCCCGGGUGCCAUCGACGUCCCGUACGUGUACCGCAUCAGGAGGAUCAGAGACGGCGGCAUGUACUGCCUGCGAGGCGUGGACGUGUACCAACACUCCGAGGCGGCCGCGCAGGGCACCACGCCCUGCUUCUCAGCCAUGGUCUCCUUCAAGAGGUCCGAGCAGGGAAGCAAGAAAUGGGCCGGGUACGAGUAUCAAAACGUGGCCCCGGACCAUGUCAGGACACAGUACGCCAACGUCCUAGAGGCCCUCAAGCCCGAAGACCACCCCUUGGCACCCGGAGCCGAUGCCCAGUGGUGGGAGGAAGAGGAGCAAGAAUCGUGGAGCCGCGAUGCGGCUGCCUUUCCCGGGGUCGAAACGAGAAAGGUCGACAUGGCCAAGUACAAUGGCAAGGUCCGACCCGGGGGUGGGACGGACGGGGCAGAAACAGCUCGAUAUCGCCAACUCCUCUUCUAUCGACUCAUUCAGGACGACGACGAUCUUGCCAGUAAAGAAGAAGAAGAGCAGGAGAAAGGACACGCCCUUGACUUGAAUCUACAGGCUGCGGCCCAUCUCUACGCUUCGGACAGGAAUUCUCUCUUUCUGUUGCCACGUGCUCUCGGCUACGAGACCGUCCGCACGACAAUGGCGUCGUUGUCACACACGGUCAUCUUCCACGGCUCGGCAGAUCAUCUGGCCAUGGUCGACCGGGAUGGAAAUUCGAAAUGGUUCGUGCAGGAGGCGUGGACCAGCCACGGCGGCGACAAUCGAGGCUGCCACAAUAGCCUGCUAUGGGAUUGGAGUACCGGGAGGGUCAUCGCCACCACGAUCCAAGACGGUAUGAUUCGGUUACCGGCCGAGUUGGUGGAAAAGGUCAAGAAGGAGCACCACGAUAAGGGAUCAGGAAGCAAGCUGUAA